AUGUCUAUUGGCCAAUGUAUCGACUUCGCCACUCACGUCGGCUACCGUAUCUAUCGUUCUGAGUGUAAGGACCCGGAUGAGCGCAUGCGGGAUGCCAUGGGAGCUAUAGCUUGGCCAGUGCUCCAGGCUGGGAGCUCUACACUUUUGGUACUCUACGCUUCUCUCAACCUAAUCUUUUUGGCUAUUGUUGUGAUGAUUCUCGUACCAUCAAACGCGGUUCGAAUGUUCGCACGAACAUCCGUGCUUGUCGUUGCUACGGGUUUAUUCCAUGGUCUUCUGGUGCUACCCGUCGUAAUUCGCACAUUUGCAAGUCAUGCCAAAGCUCAUGUCCCAAAGCGGAAAGAUUGA